UUUUUUUUCCACUUGUAUAAAUAGGAUUUCUUUUUUCUUUCUCUGGUUUUCUUUUCCCUUUUUUCCUAAACUUUAAAAUGGCUCCUGUCAAUAACUCUGCCGAAGCUCAAGCUGCUGCUGCUCAAGUCGUCUUUGAUCGUUUCAAGGUCACGACUGAAACCCUUAGGACUAUUACUGAUCAAUUCGUGAUUGAAAUGGAGAAGGGUUUAGAUCAUCAAGGCGCCACAAUCGCCAUGAUUCCUUCUUUUGUUGCUGGUCGUUGUACUGGUGAAGAAAAGGGUACUUUUAUGGCUCUUGAUUUGGGUGGUACCAAUUUACGUGUCUGUCAAGUUACCUUGUUGGGUGGUGGUGAACAUACUAUUCACCAACAAAAAUACGUUAUUUCUGAAGAAUUGAAGACUGGUCCUAUGCGCCACCUUUGUGAUUUCAUUGCUGAUUGUGUUGAUAGCUUCUUGACCGAACACGGUUCAAGUGCUAGUCAUGAAGUCAUUCAAUUGGGUUACACCUUCUCUUUCCCUGUCCUCCAAACCUCUAUUAACCGCGGUGUGCUUAAGCAAUGGACAAAGGGUUUCAACUGUUCUGGUGCUGUUGGUAAGGACGUCACUAUCCUCCUUCAAGACUCUUUCCGUCGUAAGAACCUUAAUGUCAACAUUGCUGCUAUUGUCAAUGAUACUGUUGGUACAUUGAUGGCUUAUGCUUACAAGCACCCCAACACUACCAUGGGUGUCAUUUUGGGUACCGGUUUCAACGCUUCUUACUAUGAAGACAUGAGCAAGGUCAAGAAAUGGACUGGUGACAAGACUUCAGAAAUGGUCAUUAACAUGGAAUGUGGUGCAUUCGACAUCGAACGUCGCGUCUUGCCUUUGACCGUCUAUGACAACAAAAUGGACCGUGAAUCAGUCAAUGUUCACCAACAACUUCAUGAAAAGAUGGUAGCCGGUAUGUAUCUUGGUGAAAUUACACGUAACGCCAUUCUUGAUUUGGUUGAUCAGUUAUACUUGUUUGAUGGCAAGUCUUCCAGAGAAUUGAACAAGAACUGGAGCUUUGAGACUGCUUACAUGUCUACUAUUGAAGUGGAUGAAACUCCUGAAUUAAGCGACACGGCUCAUAUUUUGGAAUCUGUCUUGAACAUUCCUUCCACCACCUUGGCUGAUCGUCAAAUUGUGAAGCGUCUCUGUAACGCUGUCGGUCUUCGUGCUGCUCGUAUUGCUGCUUGUCAUAUUGCAGGUGUGAUGAGACACACUGGUAAAGUAGGCCAAGAAGCCAUCAUUGCUAUUGAUGGUUCUCUUUAUGAAUUCUAUCCCAACUUUGAAAAGAAUAUGGGUCAAGCCUUAAGUGAAAUUAUUGGUGAGCAGGCUCGUUCUAAGGUCACUUUCGACCUUGCCAGAGAUGGUUCUGGUCUUGGUGCCGCUAUCAUUGCUAUGAUUGCUGCUAGAAAGUAAGAUGUUGACUCUUUCUUAUUGUAACAUAAUUGUAUUUUAUUACCUCUUCUUUAUUUUCAAUAAAAAAAAAUAUAUAUAUAAAUA